AAAUGCGACUGCCCUGCUGGUUUCAAAGGCGUAUGGUGUCAGGUUCCCGACCUUAUCGGCCAUAUCCAAGCUGAAGGGAACAACUACCCUCUGGGACUGAAACUCCAUAGAACGACAGCCACACCGCGAGUAUUCAGUGACAUGAUUCGUCAAGCUGAGCUCUGGAAGAAGACGAUGCUGAGUGCCCACAACAGACCUAUGACGUCACCAGCCGCCCCGUCGCCCAUGCUUAGCCCCAGGGAGCACAUGGUGCUCAACUCACUCAAAGGACCUUGGUAGCGGGAGCGUCUGCAGUAUGAGAUUAUGAGGGCCAUGCAGGCAAAGGGAGGCAAUCCGUACAGCGUUGUUCAACCCCACGGACAGAUACCUCAUAUGAUGGUACCGGGGUUCAACGGUAUGCCACAGCAAAACGGAAUCUGGAACCAGGGAGGAAACCCAUACAGGAUUGACUUACCAGGCCCCAUUCCCCAGAACGACAGAGCAAUGGCAGGAGACGGUCUUGACUACAAUACAGGUCACGAUGACCAAUUUCAAUCCGGUCCUGGUCAGGAUACGGAUGUGACAGAGCCCCAAAGCCCAGCAGUGUCCAUGGUCAACGAUGCCCCCAUGCAGCCAAAUCCGCAAGGUCCUCAGAUGCCCAUGGCCGGCGGUCCCGGUGCGAUGCCCAAUGGUCUCGGGGAGCCAGAAGCGCCUUCACAAGAAGAGAUCGCCAAAAUGGAAGCUUGCAGAGGACAGCUGGAACCAGAGAUGGAUACGUGCCUCGACAGCUACAAGUUGACACUGGAACAGUUCAUGAACCCUGAUUACAUGACCUUGGCAAGAGAUGUAUGCGAGAGUAGCGCCUCGGUAGGCCAGUGCAUUAUGAGGCAGGAUAAGGCGUGCGGAGAGGGCACACAGAUCCUGAUUACCAGGAAGAUGAUCAACUCUGUGCUGCAGAUGAUGGGCAUGGUGUGCCAACAGAUUAUGGCAAGAGGCGACACGCCCAUGCCCCAGCCCCCCAUGGGCGGCCCCAGUCCGGGCGGAAUGGUCCCACCUUCCCUCGAGUCAACGAACCAGCCCCUCCCCGCGUCAUCUGAGACCACCGAUGAGAUGCCUCAGCCAGACUCCACGGAAGACACUGAGAUCCCAGCUUUACCACCCACCGAAAAGCCAGAAAAUCCCAAAUUCCACCCCACCGAAUCUAAAGUGAAAUCGAAGCCAACUGAUGCCCCUCACGCCGCGGCUCACUCUGAAGGGCCGACCCAAGAUGAUUUAACUCUGCCCCCUCUUGACCUGGCCGAGGAGGAGGAGUCCGAGGCAGGCGCUCUGCCAGAGAAGAAACCUCAGCUGGAGGAAGACGCUGACGAUGAAAGCGACGACAAAUCUGGUGAUGAGAAAAAAGAUAAGAAGAAGGAGAAGAAGGAGAAGAAAUGAGCUUCACUGACUACACAUGUUACGCAUCACGAGGGUAAGCCCUCUCCAUGAGUCAGACAGCAAAGUUGCAAUGACCCCGUCAGAAAGUGUCCACCACACACCCAGGAUGAACAACGCUCAUUUGAAAAGAAAACCUCUGGGAGAUAGGGUCUAGUCAUGUAUUUUUUUAAAACUUCUUUUUCUAUAGAUCGUAUUAGUUUGAUUACCAACGACAGAGAAGAAAUAAACUGUGUAUUACAAUCCAA